UUGGUGCCGUAAUCGACUGUAUUUAUAUUUCAUUUCUAUAACGACCCAAAUAAUUCGUCACUCGAAUACUCGAUUAUUCGGCGUUAUCCACUCAUAUUUAUUCCUCAUUCCACUUUUCAUCAACGCUUCGUUAAAAGCAAUUUUGUAGAUUAAAUAUUUGUUUUAUAAUAGUAAGUCAGAUUCAAUAACGCACUCCGAUAUCUGAUUUGUGGGACGUUUACAGCCACAAAUUUCUAUAUAGAAGCCUGUGUUUACAGCUAACGGAUGGCAUUACCUAGGGUGUUAUUGAUACUUCCACUGUUUGGUGCUUCCAUGCUUGGAUUGCGCAUUCUCAUCCAAAAUGCUCCAUCCACCGAUAACCAAUGCCAAAUCAAAAUGGUGAUACCUAAGAGCAUAGCUGAACUAUCGGAACUCAACUUGUGUCUUAGACAGCAUUAUGAUAAUAACUACCUAUAUAUGCUUACAUUAUUCAGUACUGUUUACAUUAUCAAACAAGCUUUUUGCAUACCUGGCUCUGUCAUAUUGAAUUUGAUUGCGGGUUCAUUGUUUGGCUCUGGUCUCGGACUCCUGUUGGUAUGUACGCUGUCCAGUAUAGGUGUUUCAGCGUGUUAUCUCUUGUCUAAAGUGUGCGGUGUCGAAACAUUCCUUAUGAAUUAUUUCCCCGGCACUUUAAGCUCGUCAAAAAAAACUGUGGGAAAUCUGGUGCAAAAUAAUAAACAUCAACUUUGGUACUUGCUAUUAAUUUUGCGCAUCAUUCCGAUCACUCCAAAUUGGCUGUUAAACCUGCUCGCACCAGUCUUCAACAUUCCCCUAUGGACCUUUAUGUAUACUACAUUUCUUGGACUGAUGCCGUACAAUUACAUAUGUUGCCAGAGUGGCGAAACAUUGUCAAGUAUUAAUUCGUUAGAAGAAAUAUUUACGUUAAAAACUACACUGCAGUUAACAUCUAUAGCCGUGGUUAUGGUGAUCGUAAAAGUCGCUUCAAAAUUCUGUAAAAUAAACACCUAAUUGUUAA